UUCAUUUUGAUUCCUCAACAAACUACAAACUGUGAAUCAAAACAUUUAUUUCCCUAAAACACCCCCAAAGGUUUCCCAGUACUUCUUCAAUCCCUUUCUAGUUUCCACAAAGUAUUUCAAAUGGAUGUCUUUAUAUCGGAAGAGUAUGUCAACCGCCGGAGAAUGGAGAAAAAAGCUGCCGCCGUUGCCGGAAAGGGCAUGAGGUUAGGCUCUGCUUCAAGCAAGAGACCAGAGAAGAGAAAUAGUUAUCCUUGUAUGUCGGAAUCUCCGCCGGAUAAUGAGUUCCGGGUCUCCGGCGGGGGUGUUUAUGAGAGUUUUGUGUUCCACUGCUUCUCGCCGUAAAAAACAAAGCGUUUGUGUUUAGCGAUCAAAAUGCAUGCGCAGUAGUGUAUGCAUGGGCUUUUAUAUAUUAGUUGUGGCUAAAGGGUUUUCAACAUUUACUUAAAAAAUAAUUUUUCUUAACAUUGUGUUCUUAUUCACACAUCACAACUCUUUGGUAAACAUGAAAUCUGAAUGA